CUCUCUCCUCUCUUUAUCCUCCCCCGCCGGUGGGCGCCGUCCAGCCUACGCGACCGGUGGUUGCCUCGCCCGCCCGCCGGUUCUUCUUGCCCUCCCUUCUGGGAUCACUUCGAUUUCCAAGGCUAAAAGCAAUUUGAUCUUCAGAUAAGCUCAAGAUCAUGGGUUGGUUAAAUAAAAUCUUCAAAGGCUCAGUAAACAGAGUUUCAAGGGGUCACUAUGAUGGCAACUGGCAUGAAGGCAAUUCACCUGAUCACAUCAGAGGUGCAUAUGACGAAAGCGACAAUGAAGAUAUGGAUCGAGCUAUUGCAUUAUCUCUAGCAGAGGGAGAUCCUGAUAAGGGAAAGGCUGUUGAGCCUGAUUACAGUUUGGAGGAAGAUGAACAACUUGCACGGGCUCUGCAGGAGAGCCUUAAUACCGAGUCUCCUCCUCAUCAACACGUUCCUGUCAGGAAUGUUCCAUCAGAGAGUAUCCCAACAAGGGAGCCGCCUCAGCCUGUCUUUCCCUCAAGUGGAUACAGGACUUGUGCUGGAUGCAAAAAUCCGAUUGGCCAUGGACGUUUUCUUAGUUGUAUGGAUGCAGUCUGGCACCCUCAGUGCUUUAGAUGCUUUGCUUGCAACAAGCCCAUAUCUGAGUAUGAGUUCGCCAUGCAUGAAGACCAGCCGUACCACAAAUCCUGCUAUAAAGAUUUUUUCCAUCCAAAAUGCGAUGUCUGCAAGAGCUUUAUUCCAACAAAUAAGAAUGGCCUGAUCGAAUACCGGGCACAUCCUUUCUGGAUGCAGAAGUACUGUCCUUCCCAUGAAGAUGAUGGCACUCCCAGGUGUUGCAGUUGUGAAAGGAUGGAGCCAACAGAUGUCAAAUAUAUAACGUUGGAGGAUGGAAGGAAACUCUGCUUGGAAUGUCUGACUUCUGCAACAAUGGAUUCUCCAGAAUGCCAACAUCUUUACAUGGAUAUUCAGGAAUUUUUUGAAGGUUUGAAUAUGAAAGUAGAACAGCAAGUUCCAUUACUUUUGGUCGAGAGGCAGGCUCUUAAUGAAGCGUUGGAAGCUGAGAAAAGUGGACAUCACCUUCCCGAAACCAGAGGUCUGUGUCUCUCUGAAGAACAAAUUGUCAGAACUAUCUUAAGAAGACCAACAAUUGGACCAGGAAACAGAAUCAUGGAUAUGAUUACGGGACCAUACAAGCUGGUCAGGCGGUGUGAAGUGACUGCGAUCCUUAUACUGUACGGGCUACCAAGAUUGCAAACAGGCUCCAUUCUUGCUCACGAAAUGAUGCACGCAUAUCUUCGCCUGAAAGGAUACCGAUCACUUAGUCCUCAGGUUGAAGAAGGCAUCUGUCAAGUCCUAUCCCACAUGUGGCUCGAGUCCGAAAUCAUCGCCGGCGCUACGAGCAACGCUGCGUCCACCUCGGCAGCAUCAUCGUCGUCUUCCUCCUCAACUGCUACCUCUUCGAAGAAGGGCGCAAAGACAGAGUUUGAGAAGAAGCUCGGAGCGUUCAUCAAGAACCAGAUCGAAACAGACUCUUCCGUGGAGUACGGAGAUGGUUUUCGGGUGGGCAACCGGGCGGUCGAACGGUACGGAUUGAGAAGCACCCUUGACCACAUGAAGAUCACAGGGUCUUUUCCUAUUUGAUCAUCAUUCAAGUAAAGCGAAGGACAUUCCUCGAUUUGUGAAGAUGGCUGCAUACUUUGGAGGGUUAAAUUAGACACGUCAUACAUUAUACCACAGUAUAAGAUUAGUUUACAGUAAAGCAAGAAGAGAAAGAAAGAUAGUCUGUACACAUAUUUGUAAAAUUUACUGUCGUUUUGUGAAAUAAUAAUACUAUGUAAGUCUUCAGAUAUAGAGGUGCUACAACUGUUUUCCACAUUACCAACAUCUUUAAAUAA